AGUCUUUUCUUCUCCUAAUAACACAUGCAUCUUCAACACUUCACUUUUUUCUUGAAAUUUUCCUUUGUGGGUAUAUACUAUGAAUACAUUUACAUCUAACAAUGAAAUCAUUCGCAUUAUUCAAAAAGUAUACAUACUUUGUAUAGUUUUUGCUUAUCACACAUGCAUAUAAAUAUUGGUAGCUUACUUUGAUAUGUUUUAUAUCACUAAACGUUGACAAAAGGAAUAUAUGCUGAUCUCGAAUGAGCACUAGGAGAAGUUUAAAACUCGUCAAUUAUAAAUCUCCUUCCACGACCGCCUUAUUUUUUUUUUCUGUUGCCUUAUCUAUUUUUAUAAUGUAUAGCCAAUAAUAAGUUAUCAUUUCAAUGUGUGAUUCAUCAUGAUCCCAAUGCCAUAUCUCUAUAUAAAUUGUCUCUACCAUGUGCUGAAAAAUACACAAACCAUCUAAUACCAUUUUUCUAAAAAUACACAAGCCAUCUAAUACCAUUUUUCUAAAAGUAGCACCUUUCUAAAUUGAAAUCAUUAUCACAUAACGCAAUAACGCAUGCAUGGCUAACUUGAAAUUUUUGCUGUGCUUGUUCUUGAUCUGCGUUUCCUUAUCGCGUUCAUCAGCGUCUCGACCGCUGUCCCCAAACGCAGACGGUACUAAACGAGGGCGUAUGAUGAGAGAAGCCGAGGAAGUGUUGAAAGCGAGUAUGGAGAAGCUAAUGGAAAGAGGUUUUAAUGAGUCCAUGAGACUCAGUCCUGGAGGUCCUGAUCCUCGCCAUCACUAAGUAGUAAGUACUACUCUCGUAGUUUUGAAUUCGAGGAUGUAUAUUUUUUGUUCUUGAUCGAGAACCGGUUUAGAAGAAAACAUAUCGAUCCUUUUUGUUUUUUAGCCUUGUUUGUUCGUUCGGUGUAAGUGUGUAACCAAUAAAUUGAUGUAUCUUUUUCGUUACACAUUUAUGAAUUUUGCAUGCUUUACGUACC